AAGAAAAAAUGUUACGUACGUAUAUGUUGAACGUUUACUUCAAUUAAGAGAAGACAUCAUCGACGCCCAGGAAUCGUUUAUUUUUUUCACAAAUCAAAAAACUCACUCCGAAACAAACUACGGUUGCACUUCAAAAUGUACUAACUUGUUGAGUAAAAGGGGGAAGGUUUAGGGAUAAGAUUUGUUUCGAAUUCACAUGAAGCGGCAGAAGAUCUAUAGUGUACGUGACGUGGAGUAUAGAUUUUAUCUUCAUGCGUAUCAUGCAUGAAUCGGACAACUUUAUCUUCUAACCUAACCUUCCUUUAAUUUAACAUCUAGAUUUGAAUUGAAUGGAUUUACAACGUUCGUUAUAACUAUGUAAAAUUCAAAGCGUUUCUUCGAUCCAAAAAUAAGUGAUUUGAGUUUUUUAACUUUAUUUUUUCACGGAGUUUUUUUAACCGCAAACUUGUCAGGAUGACGGAGAUUGAGACGAGAAAGACAUGUUUAAAAUUUUUUAAAAGCCUCGAAUCAAAGGGCAACAUACUGCCGGAAUUUAAUACAUUUCUUGACGUUUUACAAGAAGAAGCUAUCACAAGAGGAUUGGAUGAUGAUGUUCUCAGUAAACUUGCAAAUGUUAUUGUACACAAAGAUUUAGCUGCAGUUAAACGAGUAUCAUUAAUAAGAUGUCUGAUUCCAAGACAUAAAAUGCCUGAGAAAAUAGCAAAAUCUGUAAUCACUUGGUGUUUAUCGUCAUUAAAUGAGCUACCACUCACUGUCUCUACAAUUGUUAUACAAUGGAUCAUAGGUUUAUGGGAUUGUGAAUUAAUAGAUAGAAAAGUAAUUAAUAUAUAUUACGAUAUCUUCUUUUACACAAUGCUCAAGAAAGAAAAGUUGGAACGUCAUAUAACACGUAUCGUAUAUGUAUUAACAAAACCAGAAGAUGUUUGUCGCAAAGAUGUUUUAAAGUUAUUAGUCGCUCAAAAAAGAUAUGCUAAGCCUCCAAAACAUAUUAUUGCAUUACUUUCCCUGUUUAAAUCAUAUAAGCCAGAAUUAGUACCGGAAAAGAUACAAUCGGUGAACAUAGAAAGUGUAUGGAAACCUAUACCUGAAUUUAUGCGAUUAGCAUUAGAAGAUGCCAGAGAUCGUAUGGAGAUCCAACAAUCUCGCCAAAGCACUCAAACUUAUUUUAAUUGGAAUAUGAUGCAGAAAAUAAAAAGGAAAAAGCCGCUGUUGCCGUCUGUUGGUUAUUUUCAAAUUGGUUCAAGUAUUUUUAAAGAUAAAGAUGCAAAAUCGAUUUUUGAUGUAAACAGAUGAAUUGGGAAAUACCAUCAAAAUGUUGAAUUGCCAUGUAAUGCUGUCUCACUCUUAACAAAUAUGGCUGGUUAUCAUCUUCUUACAUAUGCAGAUUUUCAGUAUCAAAGUAGAUUUUCAUAUAAUCUUUAUAAUACACUCAUAAGAGCAUUUAUAUUGGAAAAUGGAAAAUUUUCCAAGGAAGAAAUGGAUCAAUUCCUUUCAAUGACAAUUGAAUUUUCUCGAUAUAUGCAGCAAGAAAUACUUGUAAUUAAAUUAUUCUUUGAUGAAUAUUUAUAUUAUAACACAGGAGAGUAUCUACCAAAGCUAUUUAAUUUGUUGCAAUGGAUGACUUCUGUAUCAGUAGCUGAUUUACAAGAGAACAUUCUGAUACAUGUAUAUAAUAUAUUUUAUGAAUCAAGUUUACCUAUAAAAUGUGAAAUAAUUAAAUGUUUGCAAAAACUAAUAACAAACUUGUUUAUUAAACAAGAAUUUCAAGAAAAAUAUCAUGAGAAUGCAUCAUUUUUUUUACUACAAAGUCCACCAGAAGAUUUGACAGAAAUUGUAUCUGUGCUUACAAAAACGUUGGAACAUCUUAUUGUUUAUGGAUUAAAUAUACACAAUUUUGAUGUUAUAUUUUUAUCAGAAGCUUUAGCAUUUUAUGAAGAGAUCUGUACGUUGGAAAGCCGUAGUCACAUAAAAUCAUGGACAUUGCCACCACCAGCAGUUAUCUAUGGAGCAUUUAUCACAAAAAGUUGCGCUUUCUUAUCAAGAGUUUGCAGAUUAUUAUCGAGGUUUCACCAAGUAAAAAAGCACUUCCAACAAAUUAUGCCCUUAAACAUAUAUCAGGAAAAGAUUCGCAUUUUAUUUAUCUAUAUAAAUGAUAUUUAUACAGCAUUAUGGCACGACGAGGCUUUCAGCGCUCGAAAGAAUGGUAUUCUUCUAAAAAAUCUCUCAGACAAAGUGAUUAACGAUUUAGGAGAUUGUGAUUUAGAUAUCUUAUUAAAUAUUGUUCAUCAUUAUGCUGUUUUACCUUAUAGAUAUACUGUAAGGAGAAAAUAGGCCUAAAUAUAAGUACAAAAGAGGAUUCUCUUACGGCUUUACAUUGUCCUGCAAUAAAUGAAUUUCUUGCUGAAUUUCACACAUGAAUGAUAUAGUAUAAAAAGAGAAAAAACAUAUUUUUUAUAUAUACACAUAAAUUUAAUUUAAAAUUAGCUAUUGUGUGCAAAGUAAGUAAAUGUAAAGAUAGAAUAUAAGAUAAUUAAAGGACAUAUAUUGUUAAGAUAGCUUGAUCCAAAAUAUUUGAAUAAUAUGAAUAUGAGCUUCAAAGAAGAUCGAAUCAUCAAUCAAUCAUAAUUUGCAAGAAGGCGAUCGUAAACUUCUUCGAAUCACAAAAAAGAGAAAAUAUUAUGAUAAGGUUUUUACCUAUAAUAAAAAUUUAUAAAAAAGUAAUUUGCUGCAAUUGAUUAAACCUACUGUCAAAUUGCUAUUACAAAUGUUUUGUUAUAAUAAUAUAAUGCUCAAUUAUAUCAAUAUUAUAUUCUAAAA